AUGAGUGAAUCGAAAGGUGCAGAGGGAUUAGAGGCAGCGAUUUCAAACAAAGUGCAUAAAGUGGGUGCGACAAAGGAAGAGCUUGCAGCGUUUCGAGCUCGCAAAGUUGCACUUAUCACCGGGAUUUCUGGACAGGAUGGAUCUUAUCUUGCUGAAUUGUUAUUGUCAAAGGGAUACGCAGUUCAUGGAAUCAUUCGUCGUUCUUCCUCAUUCAACACUUCUCGAAUCGAGCAUCUCUAUUCCAACCCCGUCUCACACUAUGCCGGCGCAAAGUUUUACCUCCACUAUGGUGAUAUGACGGAUUCCUCGUGUCUCAUCAAAUUGGUCUCAACCAUUCAACCGACUGAAAUCUAUCAUUUAGCUGCUCAAUCUCAUGUCAAAGUAUCAUUUGAUCUACCUGAAUAUACAGCGGAAGUUGAUGGAGUUGGGACACUGAUCCUUUUGGAUGCAAUUCUUGCAUGUGGCCUUACUGAAAAGGUCCGUUUCUACCAAGCCUCAACUUCUGAGCUCUACGGCAAAGUUCAAGAGGUGCCACAAAAAGAGACAACUCCAUUUUAUCCACGAUCACCAUAUGCUGUUGCCAAGCUUUAUGCUUAUUGGAUCGUUGUCAACUACCGUGAAGCCUAUAAUAUGUUUGCUUGUAAUGGAAUUCUCUUCAAUCAUGAAUCUCCAAGAAGAGGAGAAACCUUUGUCACUCGGAAAAUCACCCGUGGAGUGGCGAAAAUCUCGCUUGGUCAACAAGAUAUUGUGGAGUUAGGAAAUCUGGAUGCACUUAGAGAUUGGGGACAUGCAAAGGAGUAUGUUGAGGGAAUGUGGAGAAUCCUUCAACAUGAUGUCCCAGAAGACUUUGUCCUUGCGACUGGUCAGUACACAAAAGUGCGCACUUUUGUGGAAAUGGCUUUCAAAGAAAUCGAUAAAGAGAUUGUCUGGAACGGUGAAGGGGUUAACGAGGUUGGUCGAGAGAAAGACACAGGAAUCAUUCGAGUCAAGGUUAAUCCGAAGUACUAUCGUCCGACAGAAGUCGAACAACUGUUGGGUGAUCCUACAAAGGCUCGUCUCAAACUUGGAUGGGAACCAAAAACCACGCUUAAGGAGCUUGUGGCAGAAAUGAUGGAAAGUGACAUCAAAUUAAUGAAAGCGAAUCCAAUGGCU